UGAUAGGUUGUAGUUCGCGGCGAAUUGGCUAGCGCAACAUGGCUGAAGUAUAAACGGUAACUCCGUACCUUAAUGUCAUGAAACAGACUUGUGCUUAUUAUGUGCACUAUAGCGUGGUCACACUUAACAGCAACGGGCAAUCCUCUCUGAAGUGGGGGGGGGGGGGGGGAAUAAAACAGUCAUCGGGGUUGCAGGAGCCUCCUAAAUUGGACAAAAUUCCCUGACAGUGUCUAAUGGGUAUAAGCAGGUUAGAUGUGCUGUAUAGGCGACUACUGUUAACUAAACUCUUCAUUCAAGGAUGGGGAAAGCCAGAUGAUCUAAAAAGGAUAUUUCAGUUUAGAAAAGUUAUUGGAAAUAGAGACACCUGCAAGAACUUGGUUCCUAAAGAUUAUCCUGUGUUCAUUGACAAGGUAGAAGAACAGAGUGACUGUAAAAUUCUGGAUGGUCACUUCAUUUCUCCUUUAGAACAUUAUCUUCCGGGAGUCUUGCCUACAGAAUCUGUAAAAGCCAGGUUUCAAUUCAUCCUACCCAAAGAAUGGAAGAGGAAACACAGAGCAGUGUGCAUUCACCUUGCAGGCACUGGAGAUCAUUUCUUUUGGAGGAGACGAACUUUGAUGGCACGCCCCAUGAUAAAGGAAACAUGUAUGGCAUCAUUGCUACUUGAAAAUCCUUACUAUGGUUACAGAAAACCAAAAGACCAAGUACGAUCAUGUUUAAAAAAUGUCUCUGAUCUGUUUGUGAUGGGAGGCGCUUUAGUACUUGAGUCUUCUGCUCUGCUGAACUGGCUUGAAAGAGAAGGCUAUUGGCCUUUGGGAAUGACUGGAAUAUCUAUGGGAGGGCAUAUGGCUUCUUUAGCAGUAACAAACUGGCCAAAACCAAUUCCAUUGGUUCCUUGUCUCUCCUGGUCUACAGCUUCUGGGGUAUUUACAACAGGUGUUCUCAGCAGGGCAGUUAACUGGAAAGAACUGGAAAAGCAAUAUGCAUCACAUACAGUAUAUGAAGAAGAAAUCAUCAGAAUGCUUGAAUAUUGUGGAACAGAUUCAUUCAAAAUGGGCCAAGACUUUGUAAAGGACUCUGCAAUCAGUCUGGACAGUCUUGAAGACUUUAACAUCUCUCCAGACAUGCUACAUUUCAGGAAGGCAAGGACUGAAUCUCAAAUGGAAACUGACCAACAUGUUGCUUGCAAAACCACUGUCACUACAUCAGGCGAAGGUCUACUGAUUCAAGGAUCUCCAAAAUUUAGAUACUUGGAUGAGAAUUUGACUCCUAUGAAUACCAGCAGUACCGGUUUUAAUGUAUUCAAUUCUAAAGAGAAGACACGAAAGCCGUCUCUACAAAGAGAAUCAUUACUUUUCAUGAAGGGGGUCAUGGAUGAAUGUACCCAUAUUGCCAACUUUUCAGUUCCCAUUGAUCCGAGCCUAAUUAUUGUGGUGCAAGCAAGAGAAGAUGCCUACGUUCCUCGCAUAGGUGUACGAAGCCUUCAGGAAAUCUGGCCGGGGUGUGAGAUCAGAUAUCUCGAGGGAGGACACAUAAGUGCCUAUCUCUUCAAACAAGGGGUGUUCAGGCAAGCAAUCUAUGAUGCAUUUGACCGCUAUCUACAAAAGCAUUCAGUUUCAUGGUGAGGAACAUAAGCUACACGAGACUUUAAUGGAAAACAGAAUAUUCAACUGCACUUAUUGUGUUGUAAUGGUGCUUUUUUAAUUGUCUUGAUUUUUUGUUAAUCAUUGGUUAAAAAACAUACAAUUUCAAUGUAAAAAAAUAUAAAAGAUACAGUAAUAUAACACUGAGGCCUUUUUUUAAUAGCACACUACGGUAAUAGGAUUUAUAGUAGGAGGGGAAUAAAAAUCAAAAAACCAAUACUAUGUUUUAACAUUAACAAAUGAAUUUUUGAGUAGAGCAUGAUAAAGCAUUUCUGCUAAACUAAACUUACAUGAUGAGGAAUAAAACUACAGAGCUGGGACAGUAGAGGCAUGUCUUAGAUUUACUGAAGUCAAAUCUGGAAAGUACUCAAGUUUUACAAUAUUUAAUUACCAAACACAAUGCAACAAGGCCCAGUUUAUUUUUUUACAGGAAACCCAGAGUAAAGUUACAAACUGUAUAUUGUAUGUCCUAUAAAUUGAAAUGUUUGAAAUUUUAAUUUUUUUAAAUUACCUUUAAUGACUUUAUUAUAAAGUAUGUAGCUGGCAUACUUUUUACAGCAUUUAAUCCUGAGAAAUGACACCAAGAACAUUAAUGAAAUGAAUGUUAAAAACUGAUUUGCCAACUCAAUGCAUUUUCUGUGUUUAUCCCCAUUUUCUCUUCAGUUGCUUUUUCUGUAGAAAUAUGUUUGGUGGUCUCAUUCAAAUAACAUUUUCACAAGAAAACCAACAUAAAUUGCACAAAUUAUCUUUUGACAUAAUGUUUUACAUUAAAAUAUCAAAUAAGUGCUAUAAUCCAUGUGCAAUCAUGUACUGUAUAGCAUUGCUGAAUUUGUAUCAUAAUGUAGAAGAUUCACAGAAUGUUUUGUUAUAUCAAAUAUAAUGACUUUAUUUAUAAUUAGGUCACAAGAUUACAGCUUAUUUGUUUACACGGGUGUGUGCACGUUUUUCAUUUGUCAGUGAACUUAAUUUUCUUAAUAUAGUCAAUUAAUUUGCAUGGUUGGUGUACUAAGAAAAAUAUUUUAGUCAGGAAGUGCAGCUUGACAGUGUCAUACACUGUAUAUAGUUUUUUUUAUUUCUUUAUAUUCUAUUAAUUAUUGUUUUGUCCUUUUAUUCACAAUUCUUACAGAGUACUUGUAAAAACAUUAUCAAGUGAAAUUUAAAACAAAGUAACUGACAGGCAACUGAUAAUUGUCUCUUCCAUGUUUAGUUUAUCAGAUAAUCAUUUUUAUUGAUAUUGUGAAGUUGAUUUAAAAUAAUGUGGGAAAUAAAUAAGUGGACCUUUUGUAAAUAUAUAACUUUAUUUUUUUAAUAAAUUAAUUAAAUGGAUAUGCUGCAUGAUUUAGUCACACUCCUCUCCACAUGUUUAAAAUAUAAUCCCUCUGUUUUUGAUCCAUAAAACAAACAAAAAGGGCAGUGAAAUGUUUUCAAACAAUAUAUCAGAAAAAAAACAAAGCAAUUUAACUGCCCCAGCUCCAUAACUCUCCACCACUCGAAUGUUUGAGUUACUCAGCGCCAGGUUUUAUGUUCCUCCUCCUUUUUUUAUUUUUAUCUU